AUGUUAGAUAUUUCUAAGGAAUUUUGUAGAUUAAGAGAAAGGUGUUAUUUAGAAAAUGCUGGUGCUGCACUUUAUCCAGCUUCCCUCCUUCGAAAGGUGAAUGAAGACUUAACAAAUAAUGUUUAUAUGAAUCCUCAUUCAGAUAAAUAUACCAAAGACUGUAUAGAACAAAUAAGGUGCCUUAUAUUAAAACAUUUUAAUACAGACCCAUCCAAUUAUACUGUGAUUUUUACAUCUGGGACAACACAAUCUCUUAAAUUAGUGUUAGAGUCUUUUCAAUUCAUGAGCCAAGAAGAUGAACAAAAUCAAGGAUCAUUUGUAUAUUUAAGAGAUAAUCAUACAUCUGUUAUUGGUUUAAGAGAAAUAGCUAAAGAAAAGAAUGUGGAUGUUAUUCAUAUAUCACAAGAAGAGUUUUUAAAAUCUGUUAAAAACACAAGAACUAUACAACCUACAAUCAAGAAUGAAAAUAGAAGCAACUCUCUCCUUGCAUAUCCUGCACAGAAUAAUUUUAAUGGUUUUAAAUAUCCUUUAAACUGUAUAGAAAAUAUAAAAAAUGGUUGUUUAAACAAUUACUUAAAGAAACAACUGUGCGAAACUAACUGCAACUGGUACAUUCUUCUGGAUGCAGCCGCCUAUGUUUCAACAAACAAGUUAGAUCUAUCUGAGAUUCAACCAGAUUUUGUGUGCUUAUCAUUCUACAAGAUAUUUGGGUAUCCUACAGGCUUAGGAGCGUUGAUUAGGGAAACAACAUGUGAAAGAUAUGAGGAUGGUACAGUACCUUUCCUUUCAAUUCUUGCCUUGAAACAUUGUUUUGAUACACUUUAUUCACUAAUACCAACAAUUGUUGAAAAUAAUGUAAUGGAAACCAUUUCCCAUCACACUUUUUAUUUAGCACAAGACUUCUUUAAGCAACUAAUUAAUCUCAAACAUGAAAAUGGAAAUAAAGCUGCACAUUUGUAUAUGGACUCAGAUUUUACAGAUUUAAAAACACAAGGUUCCAUUGUUGCUUUCAACAUAAAAAGAAAAGAUGGAUCAUUUGUUGGAUAUGCUGAAUUUCAGCAUAUGGCAGAUUUAUUUAAUAUAAGUGUCCGGACUGGAUGUUUCUGCAAUUCUGGAACAUGCCAAAGGCAUCUUAAUGUAAGCAACAAGAAUAUGAAAGCUAUGUUCAAGGCUGGUCACAAGUGUGGCGAUGACAUAGAUUUACUUAAAGGGAAACCAACCGGCGCGAUAAGAGUAUCAUUUGGAUAUUAUAAUACAUACCGAGAUGUUGAUAAAUUAAUCUACAUGAUCUGCAAAUGUUUUGUUAACUCCAAAAUUGAGAAGCCACUAAGGACAAUGAACAUAUACAAAAAAAGUCAAAAUGGAUUGUUACCAUCUAGGAUCAUUUAUAAAAAGAAGGAAGAAUCUCAUCUUAAUAAUAACAACUCAAUAUUAUACCCACAAAAAUCAGGAAUUGUUUUAACUGAAAUGGCAAUAUUCCCUAUAAAAUCCUGUGGGGCUUUUAAAAUAAAUUCAAAAUGGAAAAUUGGACCAAAAGGCUUUCAAUUCGAUAGAGAAUGGAUGGUUGUUAAAGACAAUGGUGUUUGUCUUACACAGAAACAAUGUACAUUAAUGUGCACUAUUCAGCCCAAGAUUGAUUUGGAAAGUAGAUGUCUCAUACUAAAUUGCCAAGAUAUGCCUUCAAUAUCAAUCCCCUUAGAUCACAAUAUGCCCAAAGAUAAAUAUGAAGAAACAUCCCUGUGUCACAGUAAAGUAUGUACAGAUAUUAUCAAAGGAUUCGAUUGUGGAGAUGAUGUUGCUGAUUGGGUGUCUAAUGCUCUAGGGAUAUCCUUUUUGAGAUUGAUUCGACAAUCUAGUGAUGAUACUCGGUCCCAGAAGAAAAGAACAGAUGGAAACAAGUUGUUAUCACUGAGCAAUCAAGCUCAAUUUCUUUUAGUUAAUAAAGCUACUGUUAAGUGGCUUAGAGGAAAAAUAGAUGAUCCACUGUUUUCUGAUGAUUUGGAUUCAUUGACUGAUCGUUUUAGAGGCAAUCUUAUAAUUGAUAUGUCACAGGAAUUGACAGAAAAACAAUGGCAUAGAGUAAUCAUAGGAGAUCACGAAUUUAAUAUUGAUGGCCAGUGUCCUAGAUGCCAAAUGGUAUGUAUUGAUCAAAAAACAGGCCAAAAGACUGUUGAACCACUUAGAACUAUAGCCGAACAGUUUGAAGGUAAACUACGUUUUGGUAUCUAUUUAAGUUAUAUAGGUCCAGUCCAUGGAUCAAAGUCUUCAACAUUGGACAGAUUUGCGUGUGUAGUUCCAAUCUAUAAUGACAGUAAAGAUGGUCUGAGUAGAUAA